AUGGCGCUGCCUUUGGCAGGCAAGCAUUGUGCCAUUGUUGGUGCCACCGGCAUCAUUGGCACCAGCCUCGCAAAGGCUUUUGCUGGCCACGGCGCGGUCCUCACCUUGCUCAGCCGCUCCGUCCUAGAGGCCAAGCCGUCGUUUGAGAAGGAGCUGCGCAAACCACCAACCAGCACGGCGGACAAACUACCUUCCGGCCACAGGUAUAUCAAGCUUGAUGUAUGCCAGCCUGACAAUGUCGCAGCAGCUUUUCGCGGUCAGGAGAACAAGGACCAGGCAGUUGGGCCAGUCGAUAUCCUGAUUAAUUGCGCUGGCAUAUCACAAACCACCCUAUUCAAGAGAACACCAGAUGAAGAGAUUCGUAGUGUUCUAGACACAAACUUGCUAGCUACGAUGCUAGCAUGCAAGCAUGCCAAAGUCCAGCCGAAUGGCUGUAUAAUCAAUGUAUCAAGCCUCAUGGCUAUGAAGGGAGCUGUCGGAGCCACAGUAUAUGCCGCUUCUAAAGCAGGUGUAGUAGGCUUUACAAGAGCCUUAUGUCUCGAAAUGUCUGCGCGCUCUAUCCGCGUCAAUGCCCUUCUCCCCGGAUGGGUCGACAGCCCAAUGUGGAACAAAUUGAAGCCAGAUAUAAAGAAAGAAUACCUCCAGGCAACUCCUCUGAAGCGGGUAGCAAGCCCUGAGGAGGUGGCUGAUGCUGCAGUGUUUCUAGCAACUAAUCAGUUUGCAAAUAACUGUGUGCUGAAUCUCGACGGCGGCUUGAGCGCCUCAUAG